AUGGCUCCAGCCAUUGCCACCGUGAGCUCCGCUGCGUGUGCCAGCUACAGAAACGAGAAGCAGCUCUCGUAUGCUGCCGCUGCCAAAAAGGUUCAGACGCCGGCACCUUCCAGGAUUGAGCCUCCUAAGCCUCAGGAAGCUCCUGCCCCUGCCCCUCCUGCCACUGUAGACAACACCGCGGAGCCUCCCACUGAGAACCGGGAGGAAGACGACUUCGAGGUGGUGAGACGUCGCCGUCAUCGCCCAGCUCGAAGACCGGAAAAUCGAGGAGCUCGUCCUCGCUCCACUCCGAAGACCUCAACCGAGACACGUCAACCCCCUGUCACUCAACAACCAAAUAACUCAACGGUCGAGGACACUCCAGCCCCUGCAAGACCUGCCAGACCAGCACUACCCAGGCCUACACCGAGACCUCGUGAUGAGCCUCCUAAGCCUGCUUCCAGUACUGAACUACAGGCCCAGCCGCCCACAAAGAACAACACGCCAACCCCUCAGCCUGCUGCCCGCCUUCCUGAGGACCUCAAGGCAGGGAUAGUCAGUUUCUCUCCCAGGUGA